AUGGAAGCUGUCAAACGCAUUCUUCGAUACCUCAAGGGCACUCUUGGUCAUGGUUUACCUUUCCAUCCGUCCCCCCACUCCACCAUUCUUGUUGCCUAUUCGGAUGCUGACUGGGUAGGCUGCCUCGAUACACGUCGCUUGACAACUAGCUACUGCGUGUUCUUAGGGUCAAAUUUAAUUUCUUGGAGUGCUAAGAAACAACGUCCGGUUUCCCGCUCUAGUGCCGAGGCAGAACACCGCGCCCUCGCCUAUGCCUGCGCUGACACCAUUUGGAUACAGGGUCUCCUUUGUGAAUUACAAUUCCCGCUUCACCAACCAGUCCUACUCAAUUGUGACAAUCUCUCUGUGACAUACAUGGCUGCCAAUCCUAUUUUUCAUGCCCGCACAAAACAUGUUGCUCUUGAUUAUCACUUUGUUUGCGAAAGUGUUGCCUCCGGCAGCCACAAAGUUUCCUUCAUCCCCUCUGCUGCUCAGCUCGCUGAUGUCUUUACCAAAGGGCUUCCUACAGACCGCUUUGCUCGCCUUGUCUCCAAACUUGUCUCUCCUCCGCCGCCAAGUUUGUGGGGGAGUGUUAGAGACCCUUCAUAUUCUUGA